AUGGAGGAGCAGGAUCUUGCAGAAAUCCUCAAACGCUCGCCCCACUUCUGGAAACGUUACCAUGCCUUCUGGAAACGCUCACCAGCCUUCUGGAAGCGCAGUGCCUUCUGGAAAAGGGCACCUUUCUGGACAGCCCACGAGUUGGAAAUGGCCAGCAUUUACCGCUUAGGGCUCCUCGUUCUUCUAGUGGCGGCCACUAUUGCUGAGGAAGCUGCAAGGGAACGGGCAACUGCAACGAGGACACAGCAGCCAGACCUACUGGUGCAGGAACCCGAGGAAGGAGACGCUGUCUUCUCCAGCCUAGUGGAGGACAGAAACGCCACGGACGGUGAUGAUGACGCUAUGGAGGAGGAUCUUGCAGAAUUCCUCGAACGUCCUCCUCACUUCUGGAAGCAGUACCGUGCCUUCUGGAAACACUCCCUAGCAUUUGGGAAGCUCCAUGCCUUCUGGAAAAGGGCUUUAUUCGAGUAA